UAGAGUAGUGUGUUCUCAACGUCAAAGUUCAGCGAUUGUGUGUGUUCUGAAACUUGUACGUUCUGAAACCGAUGAAGCAAAUUUCGACAGAAAAAGGUAGCUGGAAACUUCAAAAUGGCGAACCACUCCUCUUCACAUCCAAUUCUAUGCGCAUCCUUCAAUCAGGACACCAGUUGUUUCGCAAUUGGAACGAGGGAUGGGUUCAAAUUAUUCAAUUCGAAUACAGGGAGGCUCUUGUAUGAACGAGCUGUUGGAGCAUUCAAUAUAGUUGAAAUGCUUUUUAGCUCAAAUCUUCUUGCCAUUGUGGGAGCGGGUGAACAGCCAUCUUUAUCCCCUCGACGUCUCUGUUUGUUCAAUACCACAACCGGGACUUGUCUACAUGAUCUAACUUUCUUAACUUCUAUCGUUGCUGUCCGUUUAAAUAAAAAAAGACUCAUUGUUGUUUUGCAAGAGAAGACAUUUAUAUAUGACAUCAACAUUCUUUCUAUGUUGGAUACAAUUGAUACGAUACCGAAUGUAAAAGGGCUUUGUGCAUUUUCCCCAAGUUUGGAUGGUUGCUUUUUGGCUCUUCCAGCAAGCACAACCAAAGGAUCUGUGUUAGUCUACAAUGUUAUGGAACUAAAUUCGCACUGUGAGAUAGAUGCUCAUUGCUCACCACUGGCUGCAAUAGUUCUUUCUUCAAAUGGGAUGUACAUAGCAACAGCAUCUGAACAGGGAACCAUUGUCAGAGUUCAUCUAGUCUCAGAAGCAACAAAGCAGUCGUAUAGCUUUCGGAGGGGAACAUACCCAUCAGCUAUAUUUUCCUUGUCAUUUGGGCCAUCCUUGCAACUUCCAGAUAUUCUUGUAGCCACAAGCUCUUCAGGUGCUCUUCAUGUUUUUUCUCUGGGGUUUGCUAUUAAUCGAAGAGGCAGAAGAUCAAGCAGUUUUCUUGGAUCAAUAAUACCGGAUUCUUUUAAUGAUCCAUUUGAUCCAGCUCAUCAUGUACUUCACAAUGCUUUUACAGCAGGAGUUAAAAGUUGUGCAAUGAUUCGCAAGGUGGACAAAGUUGCUGAGACAUCUAUAUCUGACUCUGUGGCAUGUAGAGCCACUAUAUCCAUAAUCUCCUACGGUGGCUACUUCCAGGAAUACAGCUUUAGUAUCAACCAUAAGAACGAAUCUUCAUGGAAUUUGGAGCGUGAGUUCAACAUCUUAACGGUGAUCUCUGAUAAAGCCAGCAGCUCGUGAUCAAUAUUGACACAUCUUUCCUCAUUGUGAAAGUUCAGCGGAGGGUUCGCAAAGCUUCCUGAAUCCAAGAGCUUGAAAGGUUUUAUGAACCGACGUCUUCAAGAAGCCAGCCUAACAUAGGAAGUUGAUCAUAUAGGAUUUCUGGGAGUAUUUGGCACAAAGGGUAAAGAUCAAGGCUCUUGGAGGAACAAGAACAUCCUUGAUAUGAGAUUACCUCCACCCUACUAGGGUUUUGGUCUCAUGUAAUUAUUAUGAGUAUUAUUUGUCUUCUCAGUUUUCAUUAUGUAUGAAAAGAUCUCUCUUGAUGGAGGUUAAAAUAUAUAGUUGGCAUAAAUUAUCACUUUGUUAAUACCAACUGCGUGUGCCUAAAGGUGUGCACAGAAACUUAAAUACUUAACCCGGAGUGGUCCCGGGCAAAUCUGAGGAUGCAUUCGGAAAUGUGUAAGUUCUAUUAUUUGCAUAUUAUGAAAAAAAAGGAUACAUUAUAAAUUUAAUAUCACAACAAUCAAGUUUUUUUGAAUUA